AUGGCAAAGAAAGGGACAGUCGACAUAUCUGCAGUUUUCCCCGAUAAAAUUGUCACCAGGGAGUGUCAUGGAAUGAAGGAAAAAGUCAACAGGGAGGAGCUGCUGAAUGUGGAUGACAAGAACUACAAUACGAUUGUCUGUAGAAGGUGCGAUUCAGUCAUAUUCCCAGAAGAUAGGGUCAAAUAUAUUGAAGAUUACACUGCAGAGUUGCCGGAAAUGAUCCCAGGUGGUCUCGGGUCCACGAGAAAAGAAACUAUUUCAUGGUGGUGGCAUACAAAAAACGACAAAGAUUUCGACACUAUUGGCUUCGCUUGGAUGAUAUUAUUAUGCGGUGACUGCGAAUUUGGUCCAAUAGGACUACGAACGUCCGACGAUAAAGAAUUUUGGGUGGCCGUGGAAAGAGUUCGUUACGUGGAUAAACCCAGGAAUAAUCCUAAAGCACCACCCAAGAAAGGAAGAAAGAUUAAACAAUGA